AUGGCAGCGAACUCGGGACGGGCCUCGGCGAGCGACGCAGCUCCCACGGUGGAAAACGUCGCCUGCCUCGGGAAACCUGACCCAGGACCGUGUCGUGCAUCCGUCACGCGCUACUACUACGACAACGGCACCAGUACGUGCAAGGAGUUCACCUACGGAGGCUGCGAGGGAAACCCCAACAACUACGAGACGUUCGAAGAAUGUAGGGCGAGCUGCAAUCCUGCGACUGAGUACGAAGCAAAGUGCCUCGCCAGGCCCGAGCUUGGACCAUGCAGGUCGCGCUUGGUCGCCUGGGCCUACAACGCCAGGCUGGGCCAGUGCAAGUCAUUCAUGUACGGUGGCUGCGACGGCAACGAGAACAACUACGGCACUAAGGAAAAGUGCGAAGCGGCCUGCAAGCACCCGUCAGCAGACGCGAGGUUGAAUGUCGGUAUUACGAACUUUGAGUCGGAACCAGUGCCCACAAACACCCUGUGCUACGAGCCCAAGAAGGUGGGACCGUGCAAGGCAUACGUUCCUCGAUACUUCUACAACACGACCACAAAGUUCUGCGAGGGCUUCGUCUACGGCGGCGGCAAAUGA